AUGGGACACUGUCGGAUCAAGUUUACCUGCGAUUUAUCUGUGUAUCAAAGGAUCGGCAAGACGCUGGCCUUCCUACUAGUCAUGCAUAUUGGUGCUCAGUUGACCGGCGGGUAUACACAAGCGACGUGAGACACAUCGGUCACAAUGACACGCAAAAUAUCAACCGGUGUUCCGCACUCACCACAGCCGCUUGCAGACAGAGACCACGCUCAUCACAUCUCUCCAAAGUAUGUGAGCAUGGCGCCCGGAGACGUCAUUGCAGCUCAGAACAAGUCCAAAAGAGGAAAGAGACAUAAU